AUGGUGGCGGUCGAAGCAGUUGCAGUAGGUCUAGAAGCAGGACAUAAGGUCACGAAAAAUAAGAGAAAGUUGCGUCAAAAUAGGCGUAGAGGACGCAUAACUAAGCGAAGUAGGAUUGUACGUGAACUAGUCCGAGAGGUGGCAGGAUUUGCUCCUUAUGAGAGAAGAACAAUGGAAUUGCUGAGAAUCAGAAACGAAUUGGGUCGCAUGUUCGUGCUAAGAGAAAGCGUGAUGAAAUUCAGUCAAUUUUAA